UAGACCUAGUUAUCAGCUGCUGAGCUGCUCCCUACAUACAAUAUUCUAUCUAAAUAUAAAUGGAACAAACUGCUGCAUAGCAUCUUAGUAUCCUAAACGAUUGAUGCUUGUAGGAUUUUCUUGUAAUGCAUGCACUGUGGGAGCUGAAAUACCACCCUUUUCUAUAACCCUUUAAUGGGUUAUUUUAGAAUCAACCUUUGCUUGACUCCAUCUCAGAUGUACUGUUGAAAUGCACAUCAUGCAUUAUUUGUCUUUAUAGGGUAGGGAUUUACCCUUAUGCAAAUAGUUUUCAUUUUAUUUCUGAAUGCAAUUGGACCUCACCUAUUUUUUUAUUUGCUGGGCUAAUAUACAGAAUUGAUCUUUAAUUUAUUAUUUAUAGGGUGUGCAAGCAAUUAAAUGAAAUAACUCACCUGACCUGGAGAAAAGGACAAUUUUGCCAGUGGACAUAUUUUGGGGGUCGAAAAAAUGAAGAAGUUUUUUGACUCCCGGCGUGACCUGGGGGGAUCAGGAUCUGGAGUCGGUAGUGGGUCGUCCAGUGGUUUGGGGACCGGUUACAUUGGAAGGGUUUUUACUAUUGGCAGACACCAGGUCACUGUGGACGAGGUUCUGGCAGAAGGUGGUUUUGCUCUUGUAUUUCUGGUCCGCACUAGCAAUGGGAUGCGCCGUGCACUCAAACGCAUGUAUGUGAAUAACGAGCAUGACCUUCAAGUGUGCAAGAGAGAGAUACAAAUUAUGCGAGAUCUCUCUGGUCAUAAGAACAUUGUUGGAUAUAUAGACUCCAGUAUUAACUCGAUGAGCGGCGGUGAUGUCUGGGAAGUGCUUAUUCUAAUGGAUUACUGCAGAGGAGGUCAGGUGGUGAACCUAAUGAACCAACGUCUGCAGACAGGGUUCACAGAAAGUGAAGUUCUCCAGAUCUUUUGUGACACCUGUGAGGCUGUGGCUCGACUCCACCAGUGCAAGACUCCAAUCAUCCACCGUGAUCUUAAGGUGGAGAAUAUCCUUUUGCACGAUCGAGGUCAUUAUGUGCUUUGCGACUUUGGAAGUGCCACUAAUAAAUGUCAGAACCCACAAACUGAAGGAGUCACUGCUGUGGAGGAUGAGAUCAAAAAAUAUACCACCCUGUCCUACCGGGCUCCAGAGAUGGUGAAUCUGUACAGCGGAAAAGUGAUCUCUACCAAGGCUGAUAUCUGGGCACUGGGCUGCUUACUGUACAAAACCUGCUUCUUCACUUUGCCGUUUGGAGAGAGCCAGGUCUCAAUCUGUGAUGGGAAUUUCACCAUCCCGGACAACUCUCGUUAUUCCCAGGACAUGCACUGCCUCAUCCGAUAUAUGCUUGAACCAGAUCCUGACAAAAGACCUGAUAUAUACCUAGUUUCCUAUUUUGCCUUUAAGAUGGUGAAGCGGGAAUGCCCUGUACAGAAUACAAAUGACUCUGUGAUCCCUUCAAAGCUUCCUGAGCCAGUGAAAGCGGGAGAAGCAGCUGCUAAAAAAUCCCAGCCAAAAACCAGACUCACAGAUCCUGUUCCAACCACUGAGACCUCCAUAGCUCCUCGCCAGAGGCCGAAAGCUGGUCAGACACAGCCCAAUCCAGGAAUGCUUCCAAUCCAGCCAGCCCUAACACCUCGUAAGAGACCAACAGUGCAGGCAGCCACUUCCACCCCAGGUGUGUCUAGCAACAUUCAGCCCCCAACUACCACAACACCUGCUCAGCAACCAACAAAACCCACAGCGCCGCCUCAACCUCAACCCAAGCCGGCCCAGCCUUCUCCUCAGGUUCCAGCUCCGGUGACAACCACUGCACAAGUAGCUACUCCACAGACUCCUAUAGUGGCCACACAGCCGGCAACCCCUCAGCAACAACAGUUAUUUCUGAAACAGCAACUCCUGCAACAGCAGCAGCAAGCAGCUUACUAUCAACAGCAACAGAUGCUGCAGGCUCAACAGAUACAGGUGAUGCAGCAGCAGCAGAUGAUGCAGGCCUUUUACUUGCAACAGCAGUUGCUAGCACAGCAAGCUGUCAUACCACAGAAAAUGGUGACUCCAAUGCAGUCCCCCUUAACCACACAAUUGCAAACACUUCCUGCUACUGUGCAGCCUGUGGUGGUGCAGGAACCAGGGAUACCAGCUGUAAUGAGAGUACAGCCGGCACCGGUCCAGCCAACCACAGGACCAAAACUUGGCUCUCUGACGCCUCCCUCAUCCCCUAAGACUCAACGUGGAGGGCAUAGGAGGAUCCUGAGCGAUGUCACACACAGUGCAGUGUUUGGCGUACCCACUAGCAAAUCUACUCAACUGCUCCAGGCAGCGGCUGCUGAGGCAAAUCUCAACAAAUCAAAGUCAGCUACUACCACACCCUCUGGCUCCCCUAGAACCUCACAGCAAAAUGUCCACAACCCUCCUGAGUCUUCUGGCUGGAAUCCCUUUGAUGAUGACAACUUCUCCAAGCUCACUGCUGAGGAACUCCUGAAUAAGGACUUUGCCAAGCUGGGAGACAGUAAACCCACAGAACAACUCAGUAGCUCUGCAGAAGAUCUUCUCUCUGGAUUCCCAGCUCCUCCUGCUGUGUCUCAAGCUGAUGCUUUUGGACCUUCUAUGUUUGUCAGUGGAUCAGCUGUGGAUAAACCUGUUGACACGCAGGGACAAGAUCCCAGCCCUCCGCUACACACACAGUCUGAUCCCUUCUUACCUCUCCCUCUGUCUGAUGCUCCAGAGAAAUUGAUCGAGGGCCUCAAAUCUCCAGAACCCCAACUCCUGCUUCCUCACCUUGUACAACUGGCCGAUCCUUUUGGAAGCCACAACGAGACUGUGAAUGGGAAAUCUGAUCUGGUGGUGGAGAGUCUGAUUCCUGGCCUAGAGCCUCCCAUGCCUCAGCGUCUCUCAUCCCAGGCAGACUCCAUUGCUUCAAACCGCACAGACUCCCUCACUGGGGAAGAUUCUCUCCUCGACUACUCACUUCUCUCUAAUCCAGCGGCUGACCUACUUGAUGAGUUUGUGCCUGUAACUUUGUCAGCUCCAGCAUCCGCAGGUCUACCGAUAGACUCUCUAAGUUUUCCAGCUGGAAGUACUGGGCAACUCAAAACACCAAAUACUGGAGGAUACCCUUUGUCUGAAAAAACGAAUGUCCUAGAAAUGAAGAGUGACUUUCCAUCCAAGGGUCCAUCUAGUUGCAGCUCUUUUCACAGUAGUGAAGGUGAGGGUACUGACCAUGAGCCCGACCUUUUGGACUGUAGUGGGUCAAGGCCUCUUCUGCAGGAAUCAGAUGAAGAAGAUGGUUCUGGUAAAGCCAAGGUUGCAGAAUUAGUAUCUGCUCAGAAGGAAAACCUCCACACACAGGCUAUCCAUGGCUAUCCUUUCCAAAAAGGGGUAAAUCAACCACCUAUAAAAGAUGUAAAUCAAGAGCCUGAUGUUUUUGCCACAGCUCCAUUCAAGGGCCCUAGGUUACCACAGGACGAUUCUGAUAUCUUCACUAAAGCUCCCUUUGCGGCUAAGGCCGUAUUAGCUGUUAGUCAAGUAGAAGAGUCUGAUGUGUUUCUCAGAGCCCCUUUUUCUAGAAAGAUUAGCAUGGAAGAAUCUACCCCAAGUAUCUCACCCCAACCUAACCCACCGCCUAUAGGUUUUGACAUGUUACUUGCUGGUAAUUCUACAUUCCGAAAUGUUGAUUCAGUAGUAGGAUCACCUUCCAUGAAGACCUCAUAUACUACAGGAAACCUUUACGCACAUUCCAAAAGAGCUGUAGAUUCAGUUGAGGCAUCUCCUUUUGCAAACUCCUCCAAAGACCCUCAUACACUGGAAAACCACAAAGUCCCAGGGCAUGAUGGUGCCCAAGAGAAUUUGUUUGGAACCGUUGUCACAAAGCCCUUUCGCCCACAGUCCUUGUCCAAGUAUUCCCGUCACUACAGUCCUCAAGAUGCCCAACCAGUGGCUGCUUUCAAAGUAGUAUCCCAUUCAGCAAAAGCCUCUGUGGCUGGAUCUGUUUCAAUAUCCCCUGUGACCUACAGGACUUCAGAUAUCACUAGUGCUGAUCCAUUUGGUUCUGCCCCUUUCCCUGCAAAACCUGGCAGAACAAAUCCAUAAGGCUAUAUUAUUGUGUUGUGGGUUGUUCUUCAAAUAAACUUUCUAUUAGGCCCCCUUCUCACAGCAACCCAUAUAUAAUAUAUGUAUAUUUGAAAGGCAUAUUGCAGUGCACUUACUAUGAGUUAACCUGUUUGCUGACCCUAUUGCUGUUGAAGAUGUUGCUUUUGUUAAGACAACACAAAUAUAGUUGUUGUUUUUUUUCUUCUCAUUCAUGAUUGUUUGGGACAUAUCUCUGAGCAGCCAUUAUUUAGGGAAAUGCACCAAUUUGUACAAGGUUCCUAACACCAAGUUCCACCCUUUCCAAGGUUUGGAUUUUGUUCCCAGUAAAGACAUUGGAAUCUGUAAUCAAAAAUGGUUUAUCAAAUCCUUUAGUAAAAUGUAGAAAUGUCUUCAACUUUUGUUAUUUCAUUUUAUAAUUUCUUUUAAUAUCUUUUUUUUUAUUAUUAUUAUUUUUCUCCACUGUUAUACAGUGUUCUUCCAUUAAAAGCACUUAAUAAUAAUGACCUCUCACACUUAAUGAUUGUCCCUUUAAGUCAUUUAGAGUUGAGCAUUUUGAGAGUGGAGUAGCAAAACUGAGCGGUGCAAUAUAUUGUUCAAUAACAUCUUUAUACACUUCCAAAAAAGAAAUUGGAAAACUACCUGUAGGACAUGUAUACAGUAUUGGGUUUUUAUAAUUAUCAAACAAAAUCCAAAUUUAAAUAAUUAUAUAUAUAUAGAUAGACACAGGGUACAUACAACAUAACAUGAUCCAGGUUAACAUAAAUAUUAUUUUAGGUGCCCUAUCUUCUAGGAUAUCUCUACUCCUAUAACCUAAGUUAGACAAAUGCCUGUAUGUGUCAUUGAUUGACCAGUUGCCGGUAAAAUAGGAGUGUUGGGAAAUAAACUGGGUUAUGCAAGCACACAUUACAUACCAUCAUAUGGUUGUCCUAUUAACCAAUGGUAAUAGAUUCAUUUUAGCUUAUGGUAUUGGUUCAGAUCAGUCGUCAAAUUUCUUUAAGCUAUUUGGGGAUUUGGGUAAACUUCACCUUACUUAUGCAUUAUAACUCAAGAUAAAUAUGUGAAUGUUUUUCUGCACCUCCCUGGCAAGAUGUAAGGUUUGUAUAUUACAAAAUAAAGUAAAUGUGAUGUCUGGUGUCA